AUGGGAGACAUGCUCGUUUGCCCAAGAUCAAGUGAUGUUUCUUGGCAUCGAGUGAAGUCAGGGUGCAUUAUGAUGGAUGAGGUCAAGGUCAAAGCCAUUCAAGAAUGGGAAGCACCUAAAACCGUACCCCAACUUCGUUCAUUCCUUAGUUUAGUGAAUUACUACCGCAAGUUCAUCACAGGAUACUCAAAAAUAGCUGCUCCCUUGACCGACCUUUUGAAGAAAGACCGAUCAUGGAGGUGGGAUGAAAAGUGUUUGGAAGCCUUCGAGGGACUCAAGGCCAAAGUUACCAAACAACCGGUGUUAGCACUACCGGACCAUGCCAAAGAGAACGAGGUACAGACCGAUGCAUCUGACUUUUCCAUUGGAGGUGUUGAUGCAAGAGGGGCAUCCUAUUGCAUACAAAAGCCGGAAGUUAAACGAUACGGAGCGGCGAUACACGGUCCAUGA